AUGUUGAUGCCGCCAUCGUCGCAGUCGAUGGUUGCACCUGGAAUGCCUACGGAGGGACCAUAUUUCGACAGACGCCAAAUGCAUGGGUUUUCGACACCCUCAAUGCCUCCACCUCCGCCUCCCCCACAAACCCAAACUCCUCUUCCAUGGCCUUCGCAAGAGAUGAUGAAUCCGCCGCCAGCUACGACUGCAAUUCCGGCGAAGGAACCACCGCGCUACAACAAGCCCAAUGGUAGAGUGGUGCCGUUACAGGCAUCAUACUAUUAUGCUCCAAACUCGCAAAGUGGCAUGCAAGGAAAAUACCGCUUGCACAGUCACCAGUCAUCCUUUUCCAAGGAGAAGGAUGAAAGUCUGCGGCGCGCGGAAGACGCCCAGUGCGAACGCAAAAGUGAGAAAAGCGACUUUACAGAUAGAGCAAAUCUUACUCUUCAUGACCGGCAGUAUAGCAUGGAGAGCAAUUUUUCAGCUCAAGGACACGAAAAGCAUUAUCCAUUACGCCAGCAACAGGACCUAGGGUCACCCACCUGGAGGGAGCAUAAGAGUCACGUCUCCGCGCAACACCGUCAGUGUGUGAAUCUUCUCGUGCAAGUCAUCGGGGCGUUGCUGGAGCGCGUCACAGCGGCAAAGUCUGCCGUCCGUGAACCCAAGCCUAUUUCUAUCAAGGGAGCCAUUGGCGACCCUUCUCUUUGUCCACGCGCCGACGAAGUCCACAGGCACACGGAGGCGCAGCAGGACGAAGACGCAUCCAUACUAAAAGGACAACUGACCGAACUGCAGGAUGUCUUUGCUAGUUUGCAGGAGGAGGGAGCCGCAAUGGAGCCAAAUCGCCGUCGGCUAGUAGAUGCUAUUAUGGCGUUUCCCCAGUUGACUCCACUGUCAGCGGCAGGGUUUAGCAGCCUGGAGGAGUCGACAUCGUCUUGCUCAGACAGCAAGGUUUUUGCCGAUGAUAAACUCACCAUUUCUCGCGACGUGGCGGCGGAGGUUAAGGCUCUCAUGAAGGCGUUGGAUUUUGAAACCACUCGACCAAUUACUCUGAAGCUUGUGGCGCCGCCUUCCUCCUCUUCCCCUUCCUCCAUUCGCGCGUUGUCCCCCGCAGAGGUCAAGAAAAAGAACCCUACGCCCUCUCCUUCUGAGUAG